UCCGUUCGGGUCCUUUCACUUACAGAGUGGCGCUUUUGGUUUCAAUUCAAGAGAGCCCUUCAACAGGGGUCAGAUUUAUGUAGUUUGGCUGUAGCUAGACCUUCCGUGCCGUCAUUGCCAAGUUAACACAACUAAUAUAAAAAAAAUAAUAGAGAAAAGCUGAGAAGAUGACGGAGAAAACGGCUCCUUCGACACUAGCCAGAACAGUGUUGCAACAGUGUCUGCAUGCAAGACUGCAAGUCAGACCUCCGGAUGGGGAAUCGGAGGGAGAAUGGGUCGAGAUUGACAGAGGGAUGGUGAUUUACAUCUGCUUCUUCAAAGGAGCUACAGAGGAGAUCUUGCCCAGGAUGGUAUCCACCCUGUUGAACCUGAAGCUGUGCGAGAACGACUCGGGGAAGUACGUAUCGGUGUUUGAGCUCCCCGGCAAUGUGCUGAUAGUUCCCCAGGCCACACUGGGAGGCAAGGCCAAGGGAAAGGGUAUGCAGUACCACAGUAACGUUGGCAAGGAGGAUGGGCUCCGGCUCUACAGCGGCUUUGUGGCGCUGUGCGAGAAGGAACUGCAGACCGGAAGAGGAGUGACGAUUAAACAUGGGACGUAUGGGAACAGACAGGUGCUGCAGCUUGACACCAAUGGACCGUACACCCAUCUGGUAGAUUUCUGAGCCCCAGGUGGGAAAAUGUAGGAUAUGUGUCUUCUUGGUGCUCUGUGGGGUUGUGUGAUUACAGCACAAAACAGUGUCCCUGGAAAGGGCAUUCAACCCACACUAACACCAGGGAAGCUGCUCGGUGGUGAUGGCAGAAGACUGUGACUGUACAUUGAAUCUUUUCAUACCAGUGCUGAUAAAGAAUAUACAAUGCUGAGUUAGAGUUUCUGCUGGAAAAUAUAGGUUUUAAAAAGUUUUUUUUUUUUUACAUUGAGUGAGGAGCUUUCCUGUGUAUCCCACCUUUCUCCCUGUUUCCUGUCUAGCCUCACAGUUCUGCUCAAUAAAUGUAAAACAUGCCAAAAAGUCUAUAAAGAAAAUAAUAAUAUCAAGCUUAAUUCUCGAAGACAACUGCCAGACAAGGUAGAGGUCACUUAUUGGAAAACUGCCUGCUUUACAGUUGACAAGUAUUAUUUUUUUUGUCUUUCUGUUCAGCGCUGGUUUUCAGCUCUGAAAUGAACUGUUGCUGGUAGUGAUUUCAUGUUCCUCUUCUCAAGUUGUCACUUCCCUUCCAGUUGAUUUAAAAUUCACUCUCUCUGAAAAUGAAAACAAUCAUGCAAACAUAAUCUUGCAUUUUUACUUUCACUCUGCUGAUAUUUGAUUUCAGUUUUAUUUUAUUUAUCCUUUAUUAAGCCAGAAAGAUCCCACUGAGAUACAUUAUCUCUAUUUACUGGGGAUUCCUGGUCAAGAUAACAAAAAAAAGUUUCCAUAUCAGUGAGAAAAAUGUAAAGUCUAUGAGAAAGACAUAAGCACUAAAUAAUAAGACUUGAACCAAUAAAGAAGAAAGAAAGCCGUG